AUACCCUCGCCACGCCCUGGGAGCGUCUCCUUCGCGGUCAGAGCCCGGUCGCUGGGCAGGAGGAAAUAGAAACUUUACUUUCGUUUCCCCAGGAUUACACCUUGGACACGGGCAGAGCGAGCUGUGGGACAGUCCCAGCCCAGGAGGAGUGGAGAUCGGUGGAGCCCAGCCUGUCACCCGCGGCAUUAUGGGAAAUGCAAAUAAUAAAGGGCCGAUCCCACCCCCCUCCUUGAAGCCAGCUCCAGAGGGGAUGGUGGAGCGACUCCAGGAGGACGUCACCUGCUCCAUCUGCCUGGACAUCUUGGAGGACCCCGUCUCCAUCGUGUGUGGCCACAACUUCUGCCGGGGCUGCCUUGCAGCUCACUGGAGUGGGGUCUCGGCAUGGGGGUACCAGUGCCCCGAGUGCCGGGCUCCCUGCUCCAGGAACCGGACGACCCCAGACACACGUCUGAAAAGCCUGGUGGAGAAAAUCAGAGACCUGCCACAUGAAAAGACGUUGACAGCAACAGGGACAGCGAGCCCUGAGCCGGGGCCGAGGGCUCAGCCGGGGCCGGGGCACCCGGUGCAGCUGGUGCGUCUGGACGAGGAAGGGGGCCUGACCCUGGACAAGGAGGCCCUGAGCCGCUGCCUGGAGCAGGGUGGGGUGGGGGACGCCCCCGUCUGCCUGGUGUCCAUCAUCGGGGAGCAGCGCCGGGGCAAAUCCUUCCUGCUGAACUACCUGCUGCGCCGGCUCCGGAGCCUGGAUGUGAAGGAUGGAUCCUGGAUGGGCCGGGAGGAGGAGCCCCUGGAGGGGUUCGAGUGGCGAGUUGGUGCCCGCAGCAUCACCAAGGGGGUGUGGGCGUGGAGUCAGCCCUUCUGGGUCCCCUCCGAGGGGGGGCAGGUGGCCGUGCUGCUGGUUGACACCGAGGGCUCCAUGGACAUCGCCAGAGACACGGAGACCAGCGUGAAACUCUCCGCCCUCUCCAUGCUGCUUGGCUCCUACCAGAUCCUGAAUGUUUCCAGCCAGCUAAAGGACCCCGAUCUAGAAUAUCUGGAGAUGUUUCUGCACGUGGCCGAAGAGGUGGGAAAGGAAUACGGGCUGGAGUCCAUUCAGCACCUAGACCUGCUGGUGCGGGAUUGGAGCAACUCCCCGGUCCUUGGAACGGACGGUGGGAAGGAGCAUCUGAGAGACGUCCGACAGAUGCUGGCGGCGAGGUCCCCUUGGAAACAUCCCAAGGCCCUGGAAGCGCUGAGCAGAAGCAAAACCCGCUGUUACCUGAUGCCCUUCCCUGGCAAGCGGAUCAUGACUGGAAGCCAGGGAUGCCUUAGAGACAUGGAUGAGGAUUUCCGGGACAGCCUGAGGGACUACGUCACUGGCCUGGUGGCCUCAGCCGGUCAACACGUCUGGAGGGACCGGCACGGGGCGCUGGUGACUGGGUCACAGCUCGCUGCCAAGAUAAAGACAUUCUCUGAUCUGAUGAAGAAACAUUGUUUCGGCUUCUCCUCUCCCCCUCAGAUGGCCAUCACCUUCCACAACCAGAGAGUCCUGGACAGGGCCAGCGCAGACCACACUGUGUUUUUGAGGGAGAAGGACGGCGACUCCCAGAACAUGUUCACCUGCCUGAAGGUGCGGCCGAGCAAGAUGGCGGAGCUGUUCGCGGAGCGGCGCGGGCAGGUGCUCUGGCGGUGCCGGACGGACAUGUGGGAGCCGGCGCCGGAGAAAGAGGCCCAGCUGACGGAGCUGGAGGCGGUGCUGACGCGGGAGGCCGAGACCUUCCUGGAGAGCUAUGGGAAGCGCUUCAAGAAAUUCGCCAUUUUGGCGGGCGUGGGCGCGGGGGUGCUGGUCCUGGGACCGGUGGGCGGCGCUGCCGGUGCCGGGAUCGCCGCCGCUGCCAUCGCUGCCGAGGUGGCGGUGGCCAUUGGGGCUGGGACGGGCGCCGUGGCCGGGAUUGUCGUGGGCGGGGGCGUGGGUGGGGGAGUUGGUGGGAACAUCGCCCAGAAGGAUAGGCAGAGGGCCAAGGCUGCUGGCGGCGGGAGGGAGGAGGAGGACGGCACUGAGGAUCUAUCCGACGAGAAACCCCUGAUCUGAUCGGUGCCCCCCCACAAUCUGGGGCUGACGAAUGGGGUGACAGGACAGCAGUGUGGCCUGGACACGUCCCCCAGAAGCCACCCCAGAGCAGGGAGCCAUUGCCCCCAGAUUCUAAGAAGGGACGUUUAGAUCCUCUCGUCUGAUCUGCUCUGCCACCCAGGCUGGAGAAUGCCGCCCACUUCCCCCUGCCUUGGGCCCGAUAUCUCCUUUGCACUAAAUCAUUUCCCAGAAAGGCGGCCAGUCCGGCUCGGAAUCCGGAAAAGACAGAGUCCCCCACUGUUUUCCCGCUGGUGAAUCACCCGCGCUGUGAGAAAUCGGGUGCCUCGUUUCCAACUGGAAUUUCUCGCUUUAACUUGCAGCCCUCGGUUCUCGCUCUGCCUUCCUCCAACGUUGCAGGGCCACUCCGGCUGCAACACAUAGCACUUGGAAACGCCCUGCCGACGGUCCUGUCCCGAGAUCACCCGCUGGGGGUGACCGUGGGCGCCUGGCUUAGUUCCUACAGCGGCAGCCAUGUUGUCUGGUCCUGGAGGAUAGAUAUCCAGCCACUCCUCUGAGCGGGAAGGCGGGUCCAGGGGAGAGGGCACAGAAAGACGUGGAUUGGGUUUCCUGCUCUACGAUGGGCUUCCUCUGUGACUUUGGCCAAGUCACUUAGUUUCUCUGUGCCUCAGUUUCUCAUCUGUAUACUGAGGAUAAUAAUGCAUUGAAAGAUGUGAGGGAUUUGAGUUCUACUGAGAGAAAGCGCUAUCCAAGAAACAGGUAUCGUUAUUUAUUCUGCAGGAGGGCUAUAAAACCAUCCAAAGCUAAAGGAUUUUCUGUUCAACACCCAUGAACGCACGCCGAGCAGGGGACACCGUCUGAUCAACUCCACAGGAAGGCUCAGCUCCUACCCUUCGGCGCUGGUGAAAAGCCAGGAGUUGGACUUGAGGAUUUCCAACCAACGAGGGCUCGGGCUAGGGGUACUCUUCAGCUGUUCCAUGCCCAUGCCAGCCUCAGCUGGUGCCUACGAUCCCAUAGACCGCUCUAGCGUGAGGUACGGGGUCAGCUCCAUCAUGGCUUUGCCUUGGUGAGCUGGGAGCGCCCCUUCCCAUCACAGAUUCCAAGGCCUGGAUAACAUGGACCUUGACCCUGCCCUGAAUUAAUUCCUGCUUGAACUGGAGUGAUCUGUUAGAGAAACUUCCCAUCUCUAUUUAAAAAUGGACAAUGAUGGCGAAUCUGCCACGACCCUUGGUAAAUUAUUCCAAUUGUUCUGACUGUUUAAAAUUUCUGCCUUA